UAUCGAUGACACGUGGAUGAAUCUUUGUAUAAACAGGAAAUGCUGUGAUUCGGCUACAUGAGGCUGUGUAUGGAACUGAAGAUAAAUAUAGAUAAUUUUUAGAAAUCUAUACAUAUUAAUUCAGUAAUGCACAGAACUAUGAAUGCAAAUACUUAAACUGUGAAAUUGCAUCUAUUCAGAAUGAUGAAUUUGCCUGGACAUCGUGAAAUAAGGGAGGACGUUCUGGAUUCCAUGUAGUCAUUUUUCGCGCACUAUUGAGAAAGGAAUACUGCGUUAUUACAUCGGAAAAAGACCAAGAAAAUGACCAGCAAUAGUUAUAACACACUAAGCCGUGCACAAUUAAGUUUUGAAUACUUGCACACAAAUUCAACAACUCAUGAGUUUUUGUUUGGUGCACUUGCUGAAUUGGUUGAUAAUGCAAGAGAUGCUAAUGCAACCAGAAUGGACAUAUUUUCAGAACCAGAUGAAAGCUUACGAGGAGGAUACAUGUUAUUUUUUGUGGAUAAUGGAGAAGGAAUGGAUCCAAAUGAGACAGCAGAUAUCAUCACAUUUGGAAGAUCCACUAAGAGAUCUUUGGAUGAGUCACACAUUGGCAUGUAUGGAAAUGGAUUGAAAUCUGGUUCCAUGAGGAUUGGUAAUGACCUCAUUCUUUUCACAAAGAAGGGAGCAACGAUGACUUGUCUCUUUCUGUCCCGAUCAUUUCAUGAAGAGGAACAUAUUGAUGAAGUUAUUGUGCCAAUUCCAUCAUUUGAAACAAAUACCAGAAAUACACUGGUAACAGGUGCCAAAGCAAAGGAAAAGCAUAAACUAGAAAUGGACAUCAUUCUAAAGUACUCUCCUUUCAAGACAGAGGAUGAAUUCUUUGCCCAGUUUGAUAAAAUUGAGGGCAACACAGGAACUUGUGUUAUAGUGUAUAAUGUGAAACUAUUAGACAGUGGAGAUCCAGAAUUAGAUGUCCUCUCAGAUCCAACGGAUAUUCUUCUAGCAAAUCCAGAAUCCGACUUUGACUCAGAUGAGGGAUUAAUGCCAGAGAGAAAAUCAUUUCGAGCAUAUACAGCAAUAUUAUAUGUGGAUCCUAGAAUGAAAAUUUACAUACAGGGCAAAAAAGUCCGCACGAAAAAGCUAGCAUGUUGUUUAUAUAAACCCAAAAUGUACAAAUAUUCUUCAAAUCGAUUCAAAGCUCGAUCAGAGAUGGAACACCAAAAAGCCAAGGAAGAGGCCAAGCAAGCGGAAUCUAAAUCUCGAGAGGCAGAGAGCAAAGCCAAGUUUCUUGAAAACAAAUAUGGGGAUUCAGUUACCAAAGCCCAGAGGACAGAGUUAAGAAAGGCACAGGAGCAUGCAGCAGAGAUGAAGAGAGAUGCUCUUCUCAAGAAGCAGGUAGCAGAAAGAAAGAGCAAAGCUCUUAAAGAUCCAAAACUUCUAAACUUUAUUUUUGGAAUCAACUUGGAGAACCGAGCCCAUGAUGGGGUAUUUGUGUACAACUGCAGUCGACUCAUCAAGAUGUAUGAGAAAGUUGGACCGCAGACAGAAGGUGGAGUAUACUGCAGUGGGGUUGUAGGGGUGGUUGAUAUCCCAUAUUUGGUGCUGGAACCCACACACAACAAGCAGGACUUUGCAGAUGCCAAAGAAUAUCGACACCUACUGAAAGCCAUGGGGGAACACAUGGUCCAGUAUUGGAAGGACAUUGGUGUUGCUCAACAAGGAGUUACAAAAUUUUGGGAGAACUUUGGGUACAUCUCUCAAAAGUGGAAAGAUCCACCAUCACAAGAUAUGAAGUUUGUGAGGAAAAGGGCAAUGCAAAUUAAUGUAACAUUACAGUGUGAUAAUUGCCUGCGAUGGCGGACCUUACCAUUUUCAUCGAAUAAUAUCGGCAAAGAUUUCGAUGAUGAUUGGGUGUGUGCAAUGAACCCUGAUGUUCAACAUAAUAAAUGCUCAGCAAUAGAACAAAAGAUGAAUAUACCUGAAGGGAUGUUAAAGAAAGAAGUGAAAACAAAGGAACAGAAAACCAAAGAUAUAGAAGAGGAAAUCAAGAAAAAGCAAGAACUCCUACAGAAAAUGAAUAAAACAAAGGCAGUGACAUCGUCACGGCAGGCAGCUGAAAUGGAAAGGAAAAGACGUGAAGAAGAAGAGAGGCAACAAAAAGAGGAAGAGGAAAGGAGGAAAAAGGAGGCAGAGAAGAAGAAACGGGAAGAGAAGAGGAGGAGAGAGGAGGCUGAGCGAGAACGGGAGAGGAGGGAGCAGGAGAGGAAUGCCAGACUGGAGAAGGCCAAAAAAGAGAGGGAAAAGGCAGAACGGGAAAGGAAAGCCAGGGAAGCAGCUGUGGCAGCUAAAAAGAGAGCAAUGUCUCCCCCAGCUGCUAAAUCCAAGGCCACCGUCAACAACUCAAAAUCAAAAGCCAUCCGGUCACCAACUGUAUCACAGUCCUCCAUGAAGAACCCCCGAGUUACUCUUACCAACAUUAAAAAUACACAGAAUUUUGAUGGGACAGGAGAGGAAGUUGUGAAUUCAGUAGGGAAGAGGAAGUCCCAUGUCUCCAGUGAUUCCGAGGAACUCCCCAGUCCUGCUAAAAGAUCUAAAGCCACCUCCUCAGUGGACUCAGAAAGUGACAUUGUGAACUCUAAUAAACACAAGUCUGUGGAAACACAGGCAGAUGAUACAGAGGAUGAAGCACCACCUGUCAAAAGGGGGAGGAGAUCAGCAUUUAGUAACUCAGUAGCAGAUAUAUCUUCAUGUGAAGAUGAUUCAAAAGUAGAAGACAAUGACGUAGGUCGAUUGUCGUCAACAGAUGCUGACAGUGAUAGUGAAAUUGGGACCAAAGUAGAAGUUCAAGUCAGUAAGAAAUGGUACACUGGCAGGGUGGUUAAAGUCAACCACGCAGACAAGAAAUGGAAAGUUAAAUUUGAUAACAAUCCCAGGGACAAGUAUGAUAAAUGGUUUGACAAAGGUGGUACAGAUAUCAAACUCCUUAAUGGUCAUCCAUCUUCAUCAGAGUCCACAAAUCACACCCCACCCUCCCCGGCCUCCUCCCAGGACACAGCGGCAGAGACGCCAUCAUCGUCAACAGCAACAACUGCCGUGGCAACGUCAUCUGAUCAGGUGACAGAGGAAAUCGCUAACGGCUACAGGACCUGUUUGCGAUACUUCUUGCCUCCUCAGUGGAUCAUGGAGAAGGAUACUAUCACAACCAUGACGCUGCAGGAACUGGCAAAUUUCCCCCUAGAUGAUUUUUUUGAUCACUACGAGAAAGGCCUGCGAAAAUUGGUUGGAAAUUUUCAAACUGAGGCAGCACAGAGAAAACAGGAGAGCGAUGCGGCCGUAUCCAAACUGUCAUCUGUCAGGAAACUGAUAGCCAAACUCCUCAAGUCAAUCAAUGAGGAAUUUGAUAUCGAUCCAGAGGCAGAUGGAGACCAAGUUGAUGAACUACUUGCCGCAUGUGUAAAGCAGGCCGUCCAGUCACAAACAUAGGACCUCCACCUCAUCAGAUCCACCCCUCAAAAUCUCAUCAAGUAACUACUGGGCAGUUCUCUGCUGAAUCCCCCUAAACAGUGACUGGGAUAUCCCUUUAUUGUCCUCCCUGAGUUUGGAAUGCUGGGAUAUGAUUCUCCUCUCAUCUGUUGAUGCUGUGAUGAGAAGGUGGUUCGUUUUGAACUACUCAAACCUUUUCCAUGCUUACAUCACUUGCCAUAAGUCAUGUAUAAAUUAAAAUCCAUCAAGGAUCAAAAUUUUCACAAAAAUAAUUUUUUUGUUUUUUACCAUGGUGUUGCUUUGCUUCAUUGUGAUGGAUACAUAGGCUUAUUUUGUCAAACAUAUUUAUGUAGUUCAGUUCACUGUUAGACACAAAAUGUUCGAUUUUUGAUCAGUUAAUUCACAGGUCUGUGUUGACUGAUUUUUCAGUGCUUGUUAAUUAGAGAAUUGUUUAUGGUGUCA